AUGGUCGCAGAACAAUAUGGUCACCGAACAAUAUGGUCGCCGAACAAUAAAGUCGCAAAACACAAAGGUCGCCGAACACAAAGAUCGCAGAACACAAAGAUCGCAGAACACAAAAGCCGCAUGAUAGGGAGAGUGUUACAAAUUUCUUCGAUGCAGCUGCUGAGAAUCUACCUGCCACGAGCAACGCAGUUGGGUUGGUAUCGCCGAUUCAAUGAAGUAGUUGGAGCACAUCAUCCAACUAUAUGGAAACUAAUUGAUAGCUCGAGAACUGGGCAGAGGUUCAAUCAGGCACCUAUCGAACACUUCAUUCAAAAACAUCGUUUUGUGGACCGUGCUUUCGAAUCCUGUACAAAAUACAAAUCACCUUAUAUCCUAGCACGUGAUACACAUUUCCCAUCAGAUGCCUUACGGGAUGAAAAGAGCAGCAUCUAUUUAUAUCAGCCUCUCUAG